AUGCGUAUCUACCAGGCAUGGCUUUGCUUGACUACGAGUUCCUCGCCUCCCUGGAACUGUGUCGACACUUUAGGGGGUCAUGUGAGGCGAACUGCACGCGGUACUACCAGCACCGAUGGGGGGGUGCCGCUCUGCCCGAACCUGGAUCACAAGUGCUGCGUUCCGUCAUCAGUAGGUGGCGAUUCUAGCAAUGACACUACUACACCAACAUCAACGACGGUGAUGACAACAACAGUGCCUACUACAACGACGACGACGGCGAAGAUGAUGUCGCUUGACACUGGAGCGUCUACCGGAGGAUUUGUAUUGAACGCUGGGCAGAAUUCGGAGUGCGGUCGGACAAACCCGAUUCACCGCCGGAAGAGGAUCGUUGGCGGAAGUGUUGCCGAGCCAGGGGCGUGGCCGUGGCUGGUGGCCUUGAGAUCAGCGCUUGGAGGUCACGUGUGUGGCGGUGCACUGAUUGGUCAACAAUGGGUUGUUACAGCUGCUCACUGCUUCAGACAAUUUAUGUCUCCAAACAUGUGGCGUAUUAGAACUGGAGAAUAUCAUCUCUUACGCACUGAUGACAGCGAGGAAGAUCUUCCUAUUUCCAAUAUUUUUGUGUUCCCACAGUAUCAGUUUAACCCCAGUAACUCCUCCGACGACAACAGCACUAACCAGUACGUCCGCUACAAACACGACAUCGCCUUGGUCAAGCUCAGAGAGACUACCAAUACCAUGCCCAUAUGUAUCGCGCAACCGGAUGUUGGGGACCCGGAUGAGAACCAUUCCGGCUCCGGUCCAAGUGCUGGUUCCGGUGUUGAUCCGUUCCUGACCAUGGGGAGAAUUGAGAGGAGAGGCGACUGCUGGGUGACGGGAUGGGGAUAUACAAAUGAUGAUACAAGCGACAUGGUGAUGAGGCAGGUCCAUGCAGAUCUCGUUGGACACCGAGACUGCGGCGAGAUGUGGCACACACAGCUGGAUGAUGACAUGAUCUGUUUUGGAGAUGGCGUGCACGGUCCGUGUCAGGGCGAUUCCGGCGGUCCCUUGUCUUGUCGGUACAAUGGCAAGUUCUACCUCACUGGAGUCGUGUCCUGGGGGACUGAGAACUGCGACGUCAGUGGCUACCCAAGCGUUUUCACGCGUAUCAACGCCUACCACGACUGGAUCCAGAAUGUCAUGGAAGAAAAUAGGGGGUGAAAGACAGUUGUGCAAUCGGAGUUAGCGUUGAUGAAGACCAUGGCCAUAGAUUGAUGCUGAAGAAAGUCUCCUUGAAGAAUUCUAAACGGUUUGGAACAAUCUCAAUUCUGGAUAUUCUACAAGAGAUUCGUUGAUAUCUAUGGGAUUCAAGUCACAUUACAGCUAAACAACGAGGUUAAAAAUAUUUCAAAACGAUUUAGCUGAUAUAUUAUAAAAACGGGACAGUCGUGGGAAUGCUUGAAUAUAGUUCUGUGUGAUCGGAAAGACUUCAAAUUGGAAAGGAACCGAAACGUUCCUGAAUGUGUUGAACUUUACGAAAGAACUUUAUUGGUUUAUGAAAUGACUGCAUUCAAAAAUACCACAACACAAAAUAUGAGUCUUUCCUACAAUCACAAGGCAUAUCCUUCUGGAUAAUGUACGAUUUGGUCUCAUGAUCGACUUACACGAUGACAUCCGAAAGACUGCUAAAACAUACACGUAACUGCAGAAGGCAUACAUAAAGGCAAUCAGUUCUGUUAUACGUAUCAAUUCUAUGCGACAGAAACGUAACACAUGUUUCUUACGUUCAGCUUGUUUACAAGUAUAAUUAUAUAUAGCGUUAAGAGUUUUCGUUUGAAAACAUGAAACAUGCAUACUCAAAUAUAACAAUACUUCAAAGGCACACUUACACCUGACAAUGCUUCAAAGCUGAUACUGCAUGGGGAAAAUAUGCACGAAAUAUGUUCAUUAUCUUUGUGAUAUUACCCGCGAAGGAUUUAACUGCAGUUAGGACAAUUUUAGAGACGUCAAAAUCUUUAAAAUAAUUUGUAUAGAAGCUCAAAGCUAUAUUUCAUUCUAUUAGUGCAAUUGUGUAAGCACCCAUAUCUCAAGGUAUAUUUCUUUAGUGUGUUCGCCAUGUAUUUGGGUUUCACUUUCAAAUAAACAUCAUACACGAAA